AUGCCUACCGAAUCGGGCGAUUACUUCGAUCGCAGUGUAAAAGGUCCGUCACCACUGAGCAGCACCAUAUUUAUCGGCCUCCGAUGGGCGGAUCUUCCUUUACAGUAUUAUCUCCUACAGCGUGGCUGGGGCGCUUCGAUCAUCCAACGUCUAGGGGGACAACCCGUUCACCUGGGAACCGGGGGAGGGAUCCUCAGCCUUGCACCAUACCAUACCGCUGUCUGUGCAAUGGCGUUGGGUAGUACAGUCAAACAUACCGUCUACCAACUUGUGGUCCUGGAUACAAAGGUCCCAGUAUCAAUUGCUGCCCUAAUUGGCACGAUGAAUUCGAUCAUUAAUUCUAUGAAUACCCUCCUUUCCCUCUGGACGGUCACCUCUCUCGCCCCGGUUCCACCAAGCUUGCCAUCCUCGUCUGCAUUCUACAUCGGUGUCGGAUUGUAUUCGAUUGGCAUCCUCACCGAACUGGUGGCUGAGCUGCAGCGCAAAAGAUUUAAAUCUGAUCCACUGAACAAGGGCAAGCCCUACUUCGGUGGCUUGUGGUCGUUGGCAACCAAUAUCAAUUAUGGUGGUUAUAUACUCUGGCGCGCCGGUUAUGCUCUCGCUUGUGGUGGCGUAUCCUGGGGGCUCUUCUGCGGGAGCUUGCAUUUCAUCGAUUUUGCGUUCAGGGCGGUGCCAGCCAUGGAGAGGUACUGUACCAAACGGGUAUCUUUUGAGUAA